AUGUGGCAUGAAACCUCUAGUAUGCCAUGCAUGAGUAUAGCCAAGAGUAUCAGUGGCACUUCGGGGAUACCAACUGCAACAUGUGGACAGUUAGAUCUCCCGCCCUUAACUAAGCUGCUCCCCGUGGUAGACAACUAUUUCAAUGCCUACAACCGACACACUCCGUUAUUCGACCAGCCGAAUUUUAUGCGCAUGAUUCUGGAAAUAUAUUCAUCUGCUCACCCGCGGGAAAUGGUUCCAUGGGCGGCACUUAACUUGGUCCUUGCGAUCAGUUAUCGAUUGCUGGAAGACAGAUCCUUGGACGACCCAGCACUAGCACAAAGUAUUCGGAUUGUCCAAUCGGCAACAACUGAUCUGAUGGCAUGGGACAAGGACCUUCUGGGCUUGCAAGUUUUGUUGGGCAUGGUAACACUCUUCCAGGGGGCAACCAGCCCUCAGCUGGCAAUUGUUCUUAUCGGAAGCUGCAUACGGCUUAUUCAAAGUAUGGGUUUGCCUUCACAGAGAAGCUUCGAAGGGCUUUCGCCUAGUGUUGCCCUACAAAAGCGGCGUAUAUUUUGGAUUGCGUAUAUUCUUGACAAGGAUUUGGCACUUCGAGCGAAAGCACCAUACACUCAGAUCGAUGCAGAGAUGGAUCUCGAAUUUCCCGAGGAUAGCGAAGAUGGGCUAGGUAUAGUGACAUCUAAGGUAGAUGGGCUCCGGUUCAACUAUCUGCGUGCUCGUGUGGAGCUUGCCCAUAUCCAAGGAAAGAUCCACGAUCUCUUGUAUAGCAAGCGAGCUCGGAAGCUAUCAGAGGAUCAGAAAUUACACAGCAUUUCGCGCAUAGAUGACAUGCUCCGAACCUGGCGAGAGUCGAUUCCCGAUGGCCUGCUGACUGCUGAUGGCCUGCGCCGACGGCUGAACGAUGGAGCUAUCCAGUUAAUGACAAAUUUGCUCAAUCGGCACCUAGAAUGCAUCUUCAGACUUCAUUCGAUGUACUCAUUUGAACUAGCAUGGCUGAACAGGGUCCGAUGCUACUUGUCACCCUGUGUCAUCGAGCUCCGAGACGACAUGGAUGGCGAAGUGGUGCAUUGUAACCUCGCACCCCUCCCGAUAGGAUGGGAAGAGUGCGUGAAGUACUGCCGACUUUGUCUAGAAUUACUGGCCAUGGGUAAAGAGACAGAGCAUGCUAUGCGGAUCCAUACUUGUUGUGAGCUAUCAGCUCUGAUAGUGCUGCUGGUUAACAUCAUCGAAAAUCCAGAUCAUGAAUUCCUUUCUGUUGAUCAAAACUUGAUCGAUCGAACACGGGAGUUAUUUGAAAAGCUGAGCGAGGGCUCAUCAGAGAACAAAUUCUUCCUUCUGCAACUUGCGCAAGAUUUAGAUAGACGGGCAAGGGGGCAAGUCAACCGGGUUUUACAAGCGAAUGAUAUGUGGUUUCUAGAAGAUAUGGGGGAUAGCUAG